GAUUUCAAGUCUAAAGAAAAAAGGGACCCUGUGUAUGAGCGGUGCCAAAAACGGCAGCAGUCGAGAAGGAAUUAGCAAUGAAAGCUUUGAAACUAGACCACGAUUAUGCGAGUCCUCCGCCCGCAGGUUUGCUAGAUGAUACCAUGGAUUACAUCCAAGACUUGGAAACCAAGCUGAAGAAAGCCUUGCCACCCCCCGUCCUCUUCAGUCGGUACUGUGCGUCAGAUGACCAGAUGAGAUUUUACACUAAAUUUCCAUCUGAGCAUGUGUUUAACAUCUUCUGGGAGUCCAUUGCACCAUCUGCCUCUCGACUGGUCUACUGGAGUAAAGCAAAGAGGACAAGUGAAGGCACCAUUGAAAACAUCAGUCCCAGUCACCCACUCAGCAUGCCAUUAAUCGAUGAAUUUCUUAUUUACAGUAUUCGUGUAGCUGUCAGCAUGAAGGAGCAGGUCAUUGCUGACAUGUUCCAGUUAAGUGUUCCCACUGUGAGCCGUGUGACCAUCACCUGGGCCAAUUACCUCUUCUUAAUUCUGGGGACGCUUCCUCUUUGGGUGAGUAAGGAGAAGGUGAAGUCCAUCAUGCCAGAAAAAUUCAAGAGGUACUGUCCCAAUCUCUGCGUGAUACUGGACUGCACUGAGAUUGCUGUGGCAGCAGCCUCUUCACUGACCCUGCAAUCAGAAACAUUCUCCCACUACAAGAACAGGACAACCUUUAAGGGAUUGAUCGGAGUUGCUCCUAAUGGUUUAGUGACAUUAUUCUCGCCGCUGUACACUGGAAGCAUCUCUGACAAGGAGAUAACAAAGAUCAGUGGAAUCCUUCCCUUACUUGAGUCAGGUGAUGAAGUGAUGGCUGACAAAGGAUUCAUCAUUGAAGAUCUUCUUUCUGGUGUUGGGGCAAACUCAUCAUCCCACCCUUCAAGCGUUCAGCCCAAUUUACAAGAGAGGAUACUGAGAAGACACAGGCCAUAGCACAUCUCAGGAUGGUGCUCGAAAGGGUAAUAGGUAGAAUUAAGUCCAAUCACAUCUGGGAUUCACCUGUGCCUCUCACUCUGAUGGGCACUGUCAGCCAAAUCUGGCACAACUGUUGUGUCAUGGUGAAUUUUCAAAGACCUUGUGAAGAAGACAGAUCUAAAACAAAGUAGUCUGAGUUGAAGUGUCUGCUGCAUUUGUAAGUGCUCCCCUUUUUAAUUGUGAAGUUUGGUCCUUCAUAGAUAGCCUGAAUCCAUUUCCGUCAAACUUCACUAUUAACAGGGAAGGAAUGAAAAGAUAGAUAUGGCUGUAGCUCUUUUCUUUUCCCCAUUUCCCCUU